CCCUUGAUUGGGGGCGCUUCGAUCACGAAUUAACAAAAUGGGGGAUGUUUUGCUUGUUAAAGAAGACGGUGAUGAAUUUGAAGUCGACGAAGAAGGUGACCAAGGUCUCGUGAAGCUUAAAGAAAAAGCUAAAAAAAGGAAAGGCAGAGGAUUUGGAUCAGAUGGCCCCACAAGAAGUGGUGUUGAAGAUUUUGAGGGUAUGGAUGUUGAUGAGGAUUCAGAUCGAGAUGGACCAGGACCUCAAAGAUCUGUGGAAGGAUGGAUUUUAUUUAUCACUGGCGUCCACGAAGAGGCUCAAGAAGAUGACAUAUUCGACAAGUUUUCAGAUUUUGGAGAGAUCAAGAAUGUUCACCUCAAUCUUGAUAGAAGAACAGGUUUCUUGAAAGGUUAUGCUUUGGUGGAGUUUGAAACGUUUAAAGAGGCCCAAAGUGCCUUAGAAACGUUGAAUGGCACAGAUAUCCUUGGUCAGAAGAUUAGCGUUGAUUGGUGCUUUGUGCGAGGUCCAAGGCAAAAGAGCCUAAGUAGCAGUAGAAGAGAUGAUCGGAGAGAUGACCGGAGAGAUGACCGGAGGGAUGACCGGAGGGAAGAUCGAAGAGAUGACAGACAUGAAGAUCGAAGACGACGCUGAUGUUAAACAUAUAAACAUUUUGCCAAUACAGAAGAAGAUGCCACCAGUUACAUUUGAAAUCAUGGAAAUGUUUCAGAAUUCCCAUAAGAGUGCAAUUUCAGUCAAAGCACAGCAAAUGAUGACGGUGUCUUUGAACAAAGUAAAUUCUCCUCUGCAGAAACGGCAUAAUCACCAAUCAUUUGAAAUGUUUUCGGAAAUAAUUAUGGGACUUUUAAAUGUAUGGGUUAAAUGUACCAAAAAAAUCUAAGUACUGCAGUAAUGGCCCUCAAACUGCUAUAAAGUAUUUAUUGGUAUAUAUAUAUAUAUAGUAGUUUUUUUGUUUUUUUAAACAUGUUAUUGUCCUCUGUUGAUGUAAACAAGAUCAUGUAGGUGGCUUCUGACAGAGAUGUAUUAUGAUCAGUUAGUCACCUUUAACAUUUUAUGUUUUAUUUAAUUUUCUUUUUAAAAAGGAAGAAUGACAAGACGGUAAUACUUUGUAUUCUGCUUAAGAAUUUUUAAAAAAAUUUUGGUGGGCGUCCUUCCAGUAGUUUCGUCACUUGUUAUGGAUAAAAGAGAGCUACAAAUCAAUUAUGGUGCCUAAGAUACUUGAUUUGUAAAAUUCAGAAGGAAAAUAGGAGAAUUGAGUGUAGCAUCAGUAUGUGGCAUGGCUACCUGCAAACAAAAUGUUUUAUUCCAUUUUUUUUUGUUUUUAUCAGACAUUUGUACAUUUCUCAUUUCUUCAUGAAUAAAACAACCUGUCAUGAAA